AUGAUUGUGAUUGAUAAUGUCGGUUCAUCUGAAGCAGAAGCUCCUCUCAGAAGACGCUGGCUUUGUCUCCUGCUUCUCCUGGUCCUUAUUUACGGCUCCCACGCUCCUCUCAUCUCCCUCACCAAAGUCGACGGCCGCGUUCCCUUCAGCCCGUCGUCAUGUGUGCUUCUGAUCGAGCUCAUCAAGCUCGUGCUUUCCUUCGCGGCUCUGCUGGCAUCUGGAAAUCUGUCGGGCCUCAGAAUAUCAGCGUGGAUGGUGGCGCCGUACGCCAUUCCUGCGCUUCUCUACGCUUUCAACAACAACCUAGUGGUGUUCAUGCAAGCCUACAUGGAUCCCAGCUCCUUCCAAGUGCUCAGUAACCUAAAAAUCACAUCCACUGCGCUCCUCUACACGGCCUGCUUGGGGAAGCGGCUGCGACUGGGGCAGUGGCUCGCUCUGGGGAUGCUCGUGGCUGCCGGUGUGUGUCACAGCUACUCCGGAUUGGAUUGGGUAGCUUCAGACGAAUCCGCCGCCAGGCUCCGCAUCACUUCCUGGGGUCUGUUGUUGGUGCUUGUCUACUGUUUCAUCUCAGGACUGGCCGCUGUUUACACCGAGCGGGUGCUGAAAACCCAGCGUCUGCCUUUGAGUCUCCAGAACUUGUUCUUGUACGUCUUCGGCGUGGGGAUCAAUCUGGCGUCUCAUGUCUCUGGCGGCGGGCAGCAGGGGUUUUUCGAGGGUUUCUCUGCCCUCGUUUGGCUCAUUAUCGCGGGACAGGCUGCUAACGGGCUCCUCAUGUCUGUCAUCAUGAAACACGGAACGGGAAUCACGCGGCUGUUCGUCAUCUCCUCUUCUAUGCUGGUGAAUGGAGUGCUGUCAUGGGGGAUUCUGGGAAUACAGCUUACACCUUACUUCCUGUUUCCUGUGGUGCUGAUUGGAUGGGCCGUGUACCUGUAUUACAGGUAGAUCGGACGGCACUGAAGAUUACUUUAUUGCUUUUUUAUAACUCUUUAUAAGCAGUGAAGCGCAGUAUCUCUCUGAUGUUUGUUUUCUCAGCGUGCUUGUUUCCUCAUCUCUGUCUUACGCCUUUGUCCUCUUUCUAGAAGUGUCUUACUGCGAAUGACCAUCAUCUCAUCAAAACUGAGUGCUUUUCAUAUGCAGUACUUUUAUUUACUAAAUAAAUGUUGAAUCCAUGUUUAUGCAAAUAAAUAUAAUGGAUCAUUUUCAA